GCUAAUUCCAGCGAAAGAACCAGCCUUCUUCUCUACGCGUUCCGCUCAGACUUGUAGCCGUGAAGAAGCUCAUUAUUCUCGAAAGCAACAGCCGCGAACCCUUUCAAGUUAUCUAUCUAUAGAACCACCAACACCAGCGAACGAACAUGGAACAAGUAUCAGAUCAUUCGUUGACAUCCUCCGUGCUGGAGCAGCACAAUACCGCUUCGAACGAGGCUCCCUGCAAGGAAGUUCAGGAACAACACGAUCAAAGUGGCGAGACGGCUCACACCCACCUGGACGACGAAGAUUCCACGCACAGAGCCGAAGACGACGAGGAACAAGAGAAAGAAGGACCCGCCGCACCUGAGGUCAUUCAAAUUGAUGUGAAAACUCCUCCUUCCGUGAUCCCGCUCGAUGUCUUUAGCAUCGUGGCUCGACAGCAGCAACAACGCCGAUUGUCGCAGCAGCAGCAGCUACAACAAAAACAACUGGAAGAAGACAAGUAUCAACUCUUGGUCUUGGUCUCUCUGUACGGUCAAGCUGGAAACCGUGAAGCCCUGACCCAAAUGAACCGGACAUUGACCAUUCUCAAGGGCAACCUGGGAGAGUUUCCCUUUGGUCUCCUGGAUGCCUCGGAUCCCGACAAUGACGACUUGCGAGACGUUCUCUUGGACAUUUCACAAGCGGGUCACUCGUAUCCCCAAUUCUUUCUCGUCAAGACCAAGAAUGAUGAUCCCACCAUAGCGGCUGACAGCAGCCAUCAGGAUUGGACCUCAUAUUACAGCGACAUUCAAUUCUUUGGAGAUUAUCACGACUUUUUCACCGCCAAUGAACGACAAACCUUGCGAUCGUCGUUUCUUUCCAAAACACCGUUGACUACUUACAGUAGUAGUAGUAGUAACAUCCUUACAACAGAUGAGGAAGCCGUACUGGAAGAGGAAGAGGAACACGAAAACGAUGAAAAGCUGUCUCAUGCCACCGCGAACGAAGAAGAGGUAGCAGAGGUACAAGAAGAAGUGCAGGAAGAACGCACCGAAGAUCCUGCUUGUGGCGAGGAGGACGACCAUGACGACGAAACACCAGACCACGACAACCAGCCAUCCGAGACUGCACCAACCGCGGUGGAGGAAGAGGCGUUCAACGUGAAAACGGUUGGUGCUGUCUCGGAUGAGGCGUUCAACGUGAAAACCGAACAAGACGCAAACACCACAACCGCAACCUCGCAGGUCACGGAUACCCUUUCGACAUCUGAGGAAGCCACAGAGCCAGAAAUGGCCACCAAUGUACCGGUAGCCGCACAUGACUCAUACCGAGAUCCGGACGCGGAAGAGCCUGUUGAAACUCCAGCCGAAGACGACGAAAGUCCCAACGAAGAAGCAACUGCCGACGAAUCAGCUGAUAUGAUGGUCGAGCAUGUAGAUUCGCAGGUUGAUGUCAUCGCCGCGACCACUGAAUCUGAAUCCUACGAAGAGGAGCAACUCCAGGACGACCUUGACAACAGCAGCCCCGUGGAGGAAUCGGAAGCGCCUGAGGUUUGCCAGGACGACGAAAGUCGCAACAGCUCGGCUCCUACGGAUGACCAGGAGGAAACCGCAGCGCCUACAGAGGAAGCGGACGUGUCCAAGCCGGAAGAAGGAAAUGCUCCCCAAACGGAAGAAAUGGCGGAGGCUGCCACAGUCGCUGCCACGGAAGGAACAACUGAAGCAAACGACGAAACCGCCCCGUUGGCGGGGGCUCCCAGUGCGGUUGUGAAAAGCAACAACAACGGCACCAAGAAGAGCAAGCGAAGAAGCAGCAAACCCCCAAAGGAGCAAAUGAAAAAAGUGGGGCCACUUCGACUAAAAGUUCCAUUGUGGGUCGAUACUUGGAUGCUGAUGGAAGGGGAUCCCUUGGUACGAACCGAGGAAAGCAUUCGACGUCGGGUGACGGCGGGCCAAUGCGUCGAAACCAUUCAUACCAUCACUUUGAUUACGCGCCGUGGAGAACGCACCACUCAAACACACACCGUAAUCUCGGACCCGUAGUUCUAUAGACAAACUUUCAUUAUUUAUCCUAAUUGAUAGGCAACCAGCACUGCACU